AUGGUUAAACUAAUGAUGGUUAAAAGUGUACUUCUAAUAAUUUUAAUUAACAUCAUUUACAGACAGGAUUCUGCUAGCAUCAAUCAGAGUUUGAGGAUGGAAAUUCGUUUGCAAGAACGAAGAGCUCGAGUCCAAGAUUACUGCAAGAGGCACAAACGUAACGCCGACACUGUACUUGGGAAGGAUCUUCAUUAUUUCAACAUCUUUCGUAGCAGGAAAGUUAUUUACUGUUUUAUACCCAAAGUCUCAAGCUCACGAUGGAAAAAGGAACUGUCACCCUUGGUAGAAGAUGACAAGCAAAUUUAUAAAGGCAGUUUGAAAAACGAUCUCAGAAAAUUCCCUCGACAAGAAGUGGAACCAAUGCUUAAGAACUCUUUUACGUUCCUAUUUGUCCGGGAUCCUAUGGAGCGGGUGCUUUCCGCUUACAAGGAUAAAUUUGUGAAAGAUAACAAGUAUUUUCAUCGAGCGUAUGGUAGAGAUAUCAUCAAACGAUGCAGGCCUAAUGCAACAAAGCAGGCCCUUGAGACAGGCAGUGGUGUGACUUUUCCGGAAUUCACGAAGUAUCUGGUAGAAACACGAAGUUGGGAUGAACACUGGGGAGCAUUUGACAAACUAUGUCAUCCCUGUGCUGUAAACUAUGACUUUAUAGGUCGUUUCGAAAAUCUCUUUGAGGAUGCUCGUUAUUUGAUA